UUGCUACCCAGCAACUAGGAGGGCCACCCCUGUGUGGACACGAGGGUUUCUUGGCUGCGGGAAGCAUCCAUCUCGGUGGCGUCCUCGUUCCCGGGUGUGGACCCUCAGCCUGAGCCUUCGGGGUCCGAGGACUGGCUGGGGCUCCGCCCCCGCCGCAGCUCGCCCCUUGCCCCGCCCCGCCUGCGCACACUCGGCUGUCUUCGCACCCGGCGCUCGGCGGCGCUCGGCUGUCUCCGGUCCCUCGCUCGGCUUUCGGGUCCGCGGCCGCUGCGGCGCUGGGCAUUUCUCCGCAGCUCGGCUCGCGGCCGCGCCCGCCGCCGCCCGGCCCCGCGCCCAUGCAGGCCAUCAAGUGCGUGGUGGUCGGCGACGGUGCCGUGGGGAAGACGUGCCUGCUGAUCAGCUACACGACCAACGCCUUCCCGGGAGAGUAUAUCCCCACAGUUUUCGACAACUACUCAGCCAACGUGAUGGUGGAUGGGAAGCCAGUCAACCUGGGGCUGUGGGACACUGCUGGCCAGGAAGACUACGACAGGCUGCGGCCGCUCUCCUAUCCCCAAACUGAUGUCUUUCUGAUCUGCUUCUCCCUGGUGAGCCCGGCCUCCUUUGAGAACGUCCGUGCCAAGUGGUACCCAGAGGUGCGGCACCACUGCCCACACACGCCCAUCCUGCUGGUGGGCACCAAGCUGGACCUCCGCGACGACAAGGACACCAUUGAACGGCUGCGGGACAAGAAGCUAGCACCCAUUACCUACCCACAAGGCCUGGCCAUGGCCCGAGAGAUCGGUUCUGUCAAGUACCUGGAGUGCUCAGCCCUGACCCAGAGAGGUCUGAAGACUGUGUUUGAUGAGGCCAUCCGGGCUGUACUCUGCCCUCCUCCAGUGAAAAAGCCAGGCAAGAAGUGCACUGUCUUCUAGAGCCCCGUCGGCCAGCCUGGAUGAGGAGCCCUGGCUCGUGUGCCCUCGUGUUGAGCUGUCUGGUGUCCCUGAGUCUUCGGUGGGAAGUGUGAGGGUGGGGAAGGGAAGCCUGGGACAAGGCUGGGGUGCUGGGGUCCUGUCUCCUAUGCCUCCCUUUUCUGGGAUCUAACUCCAGCCUUCCCUGGUCCCUACGGGAGGCCAGGAGGGAGCAGGGUCUCCCUCAGGGCUGCAGGGGCGGGUCCAGGCAGCCCCAGGAUGGGCUUCCCUGGAGGGGAGGGUGGGGGGGUUGUUCAUCUCGUCCCAGGAAAGGGCGGCUCCUUCUUAUUUUAUACAAUAAACGUUCU